ACAAAAUACCAGCGCACCUCGCUCGCCGCCGACAAUGACUCGUUUUCAUUCCGCAAGCCCACCGCCCCUGCCUCGGCCAGUCGCCCACAGCAACAGCAGCACCAGCGCAAGUCGACGCUGAAGGAGAACAGACCCUCGGCCGUCCAGCCAACGCAGAUCCAGACACGCCAACUACGCUCCAAAGACAGUCGAUUCAGCUUUGGCGAGCCCGAAAAUGCAAACUCGCCCACGCCGCCCGCGUUCGACUUCCUUCCGCCUAUCAACUUUGACGACUUCCAGACAAGCAUUGCCUCGUACGACUCGGCCAAGUCCAAGGCGAGAAACGUCCCUCAGAGCAUCAAGGCUUCAAUAAAUUCAAAGCCCCAACCCAUGACUGUCACCCAGCGAGACGCUUCCGUGCCCAAUUUCAACCAACUCUCGGCCACUGCUUCGAACCAGCUGCAGACCUCGGCCUCGACUUCGGUGCUACCAGUGCGCGCGAGAAGGGGAAGCCAGUCUGGCCCUGGAGCUCCCGCCAUCACUGCCUCUGGAAUCACUGCACGAGUAACACGCAAACCCAUGGCGCCGCAAUCGGACAAGAAACUACAAUCCGACCUCUCUCGCACUCCUUCGAUCCCGACAAAUGUUCGCAAAACACAGGUCGGAACGCCGCAGCCUUCCUCGAUCGAUACCACCUUCGCCGCUCCUACUCGCUCUUCCAAAGCCAAGUCACUCCAGCCCCUGCCUCGAUCUGCUACCUUGACCGAUCUACCACAACCCGAGCAACGCCGAUCCGUCAAUGUCAAAGCCACCAACAGAUCCAAGACGCCGAGGACCGACACACCGUCAGACAAAAGGAAGUCAGGAAGAAUGAGUGGUCUUGGAGCCAGGACAAUCAGUCCUACCGAUGCUCGUAGGCUUCGCAGGAUGUCUACCAAACAACUCCCUCCUUCGCCAUCAAAGGAAUCUACACACGCCCGCUCGCCCUCGGCCACACCCCGUAGACCCGCCUUGACGCCGUUAUCCAACAGGGCGACCCCCGAGACUUCAAACAGAAUGGCACCCCCGCCAAACCUCAAUCUGUCGAGGACACCGAGUUAUCAGUCUCUCCGCGCUCCGAGUGCUGGUCAAGGAAAGAUUGGUCAAAGCUCUUCGACCUCGAAGUUACCCACUCCCAAGAGUCGGAAUCUUUACAGCGCUGCAGAAAGACGUGAUGAUGAGGAGAUGGUUCCGCCCGUUCCUGCCAUACCAAAAGCCUACGAGUCCCCGAAAGACCUGAUAGACAUACCCUUUUUCUCUGGUCUCAAGACUCCUCUGUCUGGCAAUGUCGACAACGAGAACUCUGCUCUACCAAUACCCGCCCGACGUGGAGAAAGCUCUACUGCACCCGACCCAAGCCAACCACAGCACCGUAGAGGCCUCACAUUAGGUAAUGGAACAAGCGCCGAGACCCCCUCGGCCAUGCCUGCAGUCAACAAGAAGCCUCUGCAACCGUUACGCCUCCCUCCUCUUAAUCUCCUACCACUCUCAACCCCUACUACGGCGAGAAUCAACUCCUAUCCUGCUCCGUCUCAAGAAGUGGAUACACGAGGUACCACGCCUCCCUUCAAGCGCAAUGCCGCCAAAACACCCAGCACUCCCAUGACAGCUUCAAAAGCAACCUUCUACAGGCGCCAGGAAGAAGAAUCUGCCAUGCCACUUAGCGCACGUAGUAACAGUACUCAGCCUGCUGCUCGUGUCCCACGUUACGAAGAACCAAGCAAUGGCGUGCUUCUGCCUCCCCCUUCUCCAGCUAAGCGUCAAGCCAUCACUCCAUUCACCUCAGGCUCGUUACCCAAGCCUAAGUCCAGAUACACCCAACCUCCGAGACUACCGGAUGAGUUCACUCUGGGCAAUCACAAUGUCGAGUCCCUCGCUUCCAAGCCAAUGGGCCCAAGACCACGAGCUGUGUCCAAGUCGGUCAAGGAAACCGCAUCAAUCCACACAGUGUCUUCUGUAGAAGACGCCGAACAGCCACCACCUUCUGCUGCCUCAGGACUACGUCGCAAGUUGAGCUUGGGAUGGCGUAAGACGCCGCCUAAAGCAUCCAACACCUCUAACGCAGAGCCCCUCAAGCUUCAGACUAACAGAUACGACGACAUGCCUCCACCCAAGAUUCCCGCCUCUGCAACAUGGAGCACCGAUAGUCCCAUCUCCACAUCUAGCAGUGGCCGUCCCUCCUUUGAAAGCACAAAGCUCGAGAGCCACAGGAGAAAGGCGUCUGUCUCUUCUGCUAACAAGCUGCCCCAGCCUGAGUCUGCUUCAGCUGCUAAGCCUCUACUUCCAAGCAAUAUUGCAGUUCGCCAGCCUCAGACGAGCACUGCUUCGGUGCCACAGCCUGCAGCACCGCAAAAUCAACGUUCUACAUCGUGGUCAAUCCUUGGCAGCAUGAACCGCUCCCUAGGCGCAAGAACUACUCCGCCUCAAUCCAAGCCUCGAACAAUCAAUGCCUUACAUCUGGACAAGGAUGAUAUUGCCGCAAACGAUGAGAUGAGAAAGUUAUCUACAAAGAGGCGCGAUAUCGAUGUCGCCGCUCGUGAAACCGAAGAGUUGCGUAAGCGUGCUACCCAAAAGGAGAGAAUGACUCCUGCGCAAGCUAUCCAAUCGUCAGCUGGACUUCUGAACAUCUACGAGAAGGGAGAGAUCAUCGACUACAAAGAUGACGUCUGGUUUUGUGGCUCAAAACAAGCAAAGAAGCAUGUUGGAGAUAUAUCUGCUGCUGGAACGACAAACUUUGGUUAUGACGACGAAAGAGGUGACUACAACCUCGUCAUGGGCGACCACCUAGGAUACCGCUACGAGGUCAUUGAUGUGCUUGGUAAGGGAAGUUUCGGACAGGUUGUGAGGUGUAUUGACCACAAGCUCGGCACUCUGUGUGCUGUGAAGAUUAUUCGCAAUAAGAAGCGAUUCCAUCAGCAAGCUUUGGUUGAAGUCAACAUCUUGCAAAAGCUCAAGGAAUGGGCCAACGCGACACUGACAAUCACAUCAUCUUUCUACUUCCGGAACCAUCUUUGCAUCACAUCUCCUUCGCUCAGCAUCAACCUUUACGAAUUUAUCCGGACUCACAACUUUUCUGGCUUUUCAAUCCAACUCAUCCGCCGUUUCGCACGACAGAUACUCUCAUGUCUGUGCCUGCUUCAAUCUAAAAGAAUCAUCCACUGCGAUCUCAAACCGGAAAACAUACUUCUCUGCGACCCUCGCCGAGCUGACGUCCGAGUCAUCGACUUCGGAAGUUCUUGCAAAGCAGACGAGAAGGUGUACACGUACAUCCAGUCGCGUUUCUACCGUUCACCUGAAGUCAUUCUUGGAAGUGAUUAUGGUCUGGGUAUCGAUAUGUGGAGUUACGGGUGCAUUCUUGCGGAGCUUUUUACUGGAUACCCUAUCUUCCCUGGCGAGAACGAGCAGGAGCAACUUGCAUGCAUCAUGGAAAUCUUCGGCCCUCCUGCUCGGGACAUUAUCGAAAAGGCUUCACGAAGAAAACUCUUCUUCGAUUCAUCGCUCAAACCUCGUGUCACGGUAUCGAGUAAAGGCAGAAGGAGACGACCUAGCAGCAAGACUCUCAGUGGUGCCCUCAAGUGUGAUGACGAGGCUUUCUUGGACUUCCUCUCUCAAUGUCUUCGUUGGGAUCCCGAGAAGCGUCUGCGUCCAGAUCAGGCUGUAUCCCACCCAUUCAUCACCAAUGAGCCAUUCAGAAAAGCUGGACCUGUCAGUUCGCGUACAAGAACUGCAACCUCAGCUGCGUCGUCAACCACGACAACAGCGUCACAAUCUCCCAUCAAGCGGACACAACCAACGAUACCGACCAUUCCGGCAUUCUCGUCGCAAGCAACGGCGGCGACUCCUCGCGCGCGUCCCCUUCCAGAUACCCCAAAUACAGCUGCGCGUAACGGCAACGCAGCGGCCCCUAAUGUCAACAACGUCAUGAACCAGGCAACCAAGCCAACAAAUGUAGGCAGGCGACAGAGCUUAGCACCUCCCUUGCAGCCGACUAUCAGUGCGCCACCACCUCAGGUAUCAAUCAGCCAAGCCAUGGCUGGUAGCAAACGAGCCAGCAAUGGUGCACUAUUGGCACAACAAUACCACCAAAUGAGUCCAUAUGGCAGCCUCGGUGUCAGUGGCUCGUCGACCUCCAGCAGUGGUCUGCCACGCUCUGUAAGCGGAAAAGUCGACCUCGCGAGCGCGGCGGCGAGAGAAAGCAUGGGAGCCACUGCACGGUGGAGG